GCGGGGCUACGGCGGCCGCGAAGGGCGGCGGAGACUGGGCUCGGCGGGCCGGGGCGCGGGGCCGGCUCCGCCAUGGGCAACCUGUUCGGCCGCAAGAAGCAGAGCCGGGUCACCGAGCAGGACAAGGCCAUCCUGCAACUGAAGCAGCAGCGCGACAAGCUGCGGCAGUACCAGAAGCGCGUGUCGCAGCAGCUGGAGCGGGAGCGCGAGGUGGCCCGGCAGCUGCUGCGCGACGGCAGGAAGGAGCGGGCCAAGCUGCUUCUCAAGAAGAAGCGCUACCAAGAGCAGCUGCUGGACAAGACGGAGCAGCAGAUCGCCAGCCUGGAGACCAUGGUGCAGAGCAUCGAGUUCACCCAGAUCGAGAUGAAGGUGCUGCAGGGGCUGCAGUUCGGAAAUGAGUGUCUGAAGAAGAUGCACCAGGUUAUGUCCAUGGAGGAAGUGGAGCGAAUUCUGGAUGAGACCCAGGAGGCCGUGGAGUACCAGCGACAAAUCGAUGAGCUGCUGGCCGGCAGCCUGACCCAGGAGGACGAGGACGCCGUCCUGGAGGAGCUUCGCGCCAUCACUCAGGAACACCUGGAGCUGCCCGACGUGCCUUCAGAGCCCCUUCCCGAGACGCACCCAGAGAAAGUCUCCAUCAAGACCCCGCCCCGACGGGCAGAGCUGGUCGCAGCCUCCUAGCAGCCGCCCAGGGCACCGAGGACCCCCAGGCCAGGAGUGUGCGUGGCUGUCAGGGCUUGCAGGCAGCCGGUGCUGCUGUCCACCUGCAUUUCUGAUCAGAUGACUGUUCAGCUCCAGCCGGACGUGACUUCCUGGCCCCAGACGCUGGUGCUGGCACGGGGCCCGGAGGCUGCCGCGGGCCACCCUGGAGCGCCACUGUCCACAUCAGGACUCGGGAACCCGCCCCAGGCAGGCGAGGGGGCUCCCGCCCGCUCCCCAGCUGCAGGACUGGCCUCAGCCGAGCUCGGUGACACGGAGCAGGGACUCGGGACAGCUGUGGGUGCGCCCGGGGCUUCUGCCAAGCCCAGGGUCGCCUGGACACCGUGCGUCCUGCAUCUGGGCCCUUGGCCAC